CUAGUCCACACGUACGUGACUCUAGGGAGAAAGGAAAAAGUUAAAGUCGAAGACAAAUUGGUGCAACCAGCAGCUAUGAUGUGGAAUUUGAGUGUUCCUGGUUGGUUGGCAGGUUUGUUUGAGAAAAUUUCCGAUGUUAUAAUUUCGGGUUUAAUAGCUUUUCUGCCUUUCGUCGAUGUAAAAAGGAUCAAGCCGGCGCCGGCGAACAACAAGGGUACUGAUGAUCAAGCUGUGGUAAAGACGCCGGAGAACCAGUGUACUGAAGCCGAGGUAAAGACGCCGGAGAACAAUAAUGAUAAGAGUGAUGAAUUAAUAGAGGAAACAACAACGCCGGAGGAUAAGGUUGAAGGAGGAGGAAUAAUAGAAGAGACGCCUGCAGAGAGCAAGGCUGAUGAAGAAGAGUUAAAGACGACGACGCCGGAGAUCAAUAAUGGUCGAGUGGCGCCAGAGAAAAGAAGAGAGAUGGUUUUGAAGGAUGAAUACGGACAGGAAUACGGUAGGGUUCUCAAGGUGUUGGGUAACGGCCGUUUUGAGGCCAUGUGUGGCGACGGCGUCAAACGGCUGUGUUGUAUCGGCCAGCACGACGAGGAAGUCUGCAUCGGCGCCGGAGAUAUCAUCCUCAUCCGUGGUUGCAAAUAUUAUUCUCAGAUUGACAGUACUGCUGAUUUGUGUUUCAAGUACACGUCGCAGGAGGCGAGGUUUUUGAGGAGCUAUGGCGAGUUCCCGGAGACUAUAUUCCGUCAUGACUUAGAGGAGGAGGAGGACGAUGAGGAUGACGACUAUGUUAUGGCGUAA